AUGCCAAACAAUUUCGAAGACAAUUGUUACGACAUGUUGCAGGAUCAUGACGAUUUCAUGCUUCCAUCUUUAUCUCAAAUCGAUCAAUGGCUGGCGGACGAUAUUCAACAAGGCGGGUCGCCUAUUUCAAUUAUUCAGACAUCGGAACAGUCCAAUCUGCCUCCUUCAGCUACUAAAGAUCAGCAACUCGGCAAGGAAGAUACUGAUUUGGCUCGAGAUGGGAAACACGGCCAGCAAGUUGAUGACGAGAAGAUCAAGAUCAAUGUCGAAUACAAAUUUUUCUUCAUCAUCCCUGAAGAUAAACCAACUAACCCUCGUCAGAAAAAACGAAAGGCUAGCAAUAACGAGGAAAAGUGCAAACCUCUCCCCUCCACUCCAGGUCUAGUCCACUUCGAUUGGGAUGCCGAUGUGAAGAAUCUUGGUGCCUUCAAGAAGGCCGCUAUCAAAGCCAUUGGGCUUCUCGAUGAUGAAGAGGUGGCGGCUGACGUCAUGGAACAUGCAACCGAGCAAGAAGAUGAUGGCGAGAUCAUUUGGUCAGCUACUAUUCCUCAUGGUGGUCGUUUUGCAAAUAAAAACAAGGCUACUUUGACAGACAACGAUGAUCUGUCCGACUUCCUGGACGAAUGUAAAGGGCCUCGCGAAGGAAGGCGCUUCACCAUCACAAUGAUUCAAAAGGAUCCAAAAAUUUCGGCUCAGAAACAGAAAAUUGUGAAAUCUUUCAAGAAAAAGCAUCGGCCUCAGCCUGAAGAAGAAGACGAAGAACCGGAGCCCUCUGGAGGAGCAGUAUCGUCGGCGACUAUCAUGAAGAAUAUACGAGAGCUACGUGCAGCUCACGAGCCCUGCGAGGAAUUAUCCGGUUCAGCUGAGGUGCCAGUGUUUAUCAACCCAAGCAACCCCAAAGAGUACAUCAAGCUCACAACGGAUCGAUUGUUUUUAUGGGCACGAGCGAUGGCUGAUAACCCAGAGGUCACCGUUACGAAGCCUCCUCCGUCGGACUCGUUUGCGUUUACGACCAAAGAAAAGCGCCUCAAAAUAGCAAAGAGUCAAAACUCUGAUGAUGGUCCGAUUACACCUUGA